UUCUGUGUGAGUGUAGCUAACAUGCCCUGCUGCUUCUGCUUUGUACAAAUCAUAUACAAAGUUAGAAAGAAGAUCCAGAUGGCAUUAUCUGCACUUGCUUAGGUAGAUGUGUAAUGUAAACAGAGUCUUACUGAAAUUAAAUGCUUAGAUUUUGGAGGGAAGAUGCAGUCCAUAAUAGGAAAAGUAAAGCUUUCUUAAUAUAAAUGUGAGUUUGUGAAGAUAGAUGCCUCUAGGGACCUGUAGAGGGAGAUCUGUUACAUCAAAAUGGUAUGUUGCUAUCUGUCCCUUCACUGUUAAGAAAUUACAAAAGAAGAUGCUUCAGGAUAUGAAGCAAUCAUGUAUACAGGAAGUUUAAUUUCCUUGGAGGAAAAAAAAACAAAAACAAACAAAAAGCAAAACAAAACAAACAAGCAAACAAACACAAAACUCACGUCUUUCCAGAUCAUGAAUAGUGUGUAGAUAUAGAGAAUAGCAAAAAUUCAAUGUUUUUGGUUCUGCUUAUAUUUCUACCUUGUGCCUCACAAAGGCUUGUGAGUGUUUUGCUCAUCAAAGUCAGUGGAAAGACAGACUACCAGCUUAGGUUUUAUGAACAUGUUUUGACCACUUUCUAGGAUUCCAUUGUGAUACUGAUGUAUCCAUACAUCUGAAUGGAUCUCUGCUGCAGGACCUAACUAACGACCAUCUGGCAGAGCCUUGAGUAUUCCAAAAAUAGUGACUUCCUGAGGAAGUCAUGCAGCCAUGAAUAUUCUCUUCAGAACUGCAGGUUUCUGAGGGGCAUUUUUAAUUUGGCAGCAAGCACUGUACAUGUGGAUGCAAACUAUAUCGAGGCUCACUCAUUCCCUCCAGAAAGAUUUGCUCAUCUACAAAAGCACCAUUCAAGCCCAAUAUCAAGAAAAAAUUGAAGAGAAAGCUUCAAAUCUCUAUAAAUAUGUGAAUGAUAGACUGAGAGACAUUGAGACUUGUCAUAAACGGAAAGAAGUCCAACUUCGACAAAGUUACCAACAACAGUUAUGUGAUGCGCUGGCUGUUCUCAGAGCAAAAACUGAGAAGUAUUACAACAUAAAUAUAGAAGAAAUAGAAGGUUCACAAGGAAAACUUUUGAGGUAUUUACGUGACAAACUGCAGGAGAAGGAGUCCAUAAUUGGAGAACUGAAGAGAAAACUGUGGGAAUAUCAAGUAAACAAAAGGACUAAAAUGGUCGUCUUUGAAGACGAUGACCGUGGAAACAAAAAGCUUGAAAAAGAGAAUGAAGAGUUCAAAGAAGAGGUUUUCAGGCUACGCAGUGAGAUUGCUCGUCUUGAAGAUUCUCUGCAACACUCUGAAAAAGAAAAGCGUGCAUUAGAUAAGCAGGUUCAAAGAAUGCAAUUAAAAAUGGAAAGUGAUGAGCGAACUAUUCAAAAGUUGGUUGAAUUUCAAGAACAGAUGAAGGCAGAACUUGAAAAUGGAAGAUCAUUAGGAGAAAAUCUGAUAACCAGUGUAGCACCUGAGCAGCAGCCUGAUGAAAGGUCCCUGAAUGCUGAAAAUGGGGAACUGAAGAAAUGUGAAGGUCAAGAGAGGCAAACCAUAGCAAGAAAGAAAGCUGAGCAAAGUAAUGCAAUAUGGAAAAAGAAAUUCCAGAUUGUCCAAAACAGUCUGCAUGCAAUUAAGGACGAGAUGUUUCUUAGACAAACACUGCAACGCCAGCUACUAGCACUUCGAUAUACAUCUCCUGGUGAAACAAUGGUUUGCCCUGUUUGUUGUAUUGAAAAUGACAGAAAAGGCACAAACAGAUUCAAAGCUGGCUCACAGUUACCUUCAACUUCGGACCAAGAUUAAAAAUAUUGGUGUGCUGUAGUGCUUUUUCAUACUGUUCAUAGAAGAAGCCACACAGUAAUUCAGUUUGAUUCUUUCCAUGCAAGCAGAGAUCAAUCUUCUAGCAGUUUUGCCUACAUGAAGCCUUUCUCUUACCAGAUCUCCCAAACAGAUCUGGACAAACAUGGGCAGUUUCGAUGUUUCUUUUGCAACAAGCUCCGUCUACUGACUGUCAAUUUUUCUGAAAAGAAUUGCUGCUCGCAUUUUAACAAGUGCUGAUCUUCGUGGAAAAGAGAGACGGGAGAAAUCGAACCCAAGUCCUAGACAGUUGCUAGUCCCCCUGGCCCACAACUACCUGAGGCCGUGCCAUCCCCCCACGCCGAGCUUCAGCACCACGGACAGGUGCCGCGCCCCGCUCCGCGCUUCAGCACCUCAGACAGCUCCACGCCCGCACAAGGCCGCGCACCGACGGCCCCGCCGGAGCCGUAGGGAGAAACACCAGCUCCGGAGACGGCUUCCAGCUCUUCCAUGGACGCCAGGGCCUUGCUGCCCUUCCUUUCCAGCAGCCAGCCUUUCAGCCCUUCUCAGUGCUUGUUAUCAGAGACCUGUCUGCAAACAGCCAGGGGAGAGUAUCUCUGAUACGUGCAGAUGUCAUUUUGUCCAAAGGUAGAACGGCAUUCUGCAAAGAUUGCGUGAGUUCUAGUCAGUAGGAAGUUAUUUAAUGAUUUUGUAUGCCUUUUUUUGUUGUUGUUGCUUUAAAAACACAUGAUAAACAGAUGAAUUUAUGUGCGUGACAGGAUUGCUUUAAUGUCCUUCUUAAGCUUGUGCCUCACUUGUUUCUUGGCUAUUCCUCUUAAAGGCGUGUGCUCAAACUACUACACGGGCAUUAGCAACUGGGCCUUUCACAAACAGCAGCAGCACCUGUGCAGAAUUCAGCCUGCUCUUGAGUAACUUUCCACUUUUGGAAACACAGCUGCU